AUGGAGGAAUGCAAGGUGAAUAUUGGCCGCUGCACAUUUCUAGUUUUGGACGAAGUGGACCGCAUGCUAGAGAUGGGCUUAGGAAAGAAUAUUCGCCUUAUUGUUGAGAACGUCCGGCCCGACCGUCAGACUAUCAUGUGGCUGACGUCGAACACGAGAGAGGCGUGCCAGCUGGCUGAUGAAGUCAUGGAAGACUACGUGACCAUCAGCUUCGGUGAUACGAGCCAGCAAUCCCAAAACCGGCGUGCACAACACAUUGUCCACGUUUGCGACGAGGGAGACAAGGAAGACAGGCUCGUCGCGCUCUUCGAAGACAUCCUCGACAACAAGCAAGACAAGGCAGUCGUGUUUGUCGAGACCAAAGGAAAAGUAGACCACCUAGUAACGAGCUUGCGGCUGCGCAACUGGCCGGUCGUGGGUGUCCACAGCAAGAAAAGCGACCAGGAGCGUGAGUUGGCGUUGAACGCUUUCCGUUUCGGCAGAGUGCUCGUUCUCGUGGCGACCGACAUGGUGGUGCGUGACCUUGAAGCCCAAGACGUCCGCUUCGUGGUCAACUACGACUACCCGCGCAGUGCGGACGAUUACGCGCUCCGCGUUAAGCCCGCAAUUCGUGACGACGGUACAGGAAGGGCGUACACUUUUCUGACGCCUACUCAAAGCCGCCAUGCCAAGGAAUUGAUCUGGAUUCUUCGAGACGCAAGACAAGUGGUUCCUCAAGAGGUGUUGAAUGUUGCGAGGAAGACGACACGGUUUUAA